AUGGGGGUAAAAAGAGCAGACGCAUUGUUCGACCAGUUGGGACCAACGGUUCUAAAAGACAUCCGUCUCGACCAAUUGGACUUGAGCGGUAAAAAGGUGGGGAUUGAUGCCACCUUAUGGCUUGGGACCGUCAAAAGUAUGCUCAAGGCCAACCAAAAGAAAUUAUCCUCAAGUACUGAAAAGUUUCUCGUCAAGGUCCAAGAGAAGACGUAUUUUCUUUACCAUUUCAUUGCUUAUUGUGAAGACAGGUUUAAACUUCUAAACCGGAUUAAAAUUAAAUCAAUGAUGGUGUUCGAUGGAAAUGCUACUCCAAGAAAGACUGAAAUAAAGAUGUUGUGGAAAAAGAUAAAGGAGGGCAGCAGCAAGAAGAAGGAGGUGAAUAUUGAUCCUAAUCCUGAUAGUGAUAUUGAUCAUGAGUGUGAUAGUGAUAGUGAUGGUGAUAAUGACCGCGAUAAUGAACGUAAGAAAGUCAACUAUAAUAAGCCAGAAAAAAUGUACAUUCCUGAUAGGAAAAGGGUACUCGAGUGGUUAACUAAAGAAGGUGUGGAGUUUAUUGUGGCUCCUUACGAAGCUGAUGCCCAAUUAACAUACUUGACAAUAAAGGGUAAAAUAGAUGCAGUUAUCACGGAGGACUCGGACCUCAUUGCAUUGGUUAUCUAUAAGUUGGACGUAAACACUCAAAUGUGUAAGCACUACUCAUUUGACCGUUUAAAGGACCAUCAUUUAUACGGAACAUUUACGAAAAAGAUGCUUCUGGAGAUGUGUAUAAUGAUUGGGUGUGACUACCUACCAAAUUUGCAAGGGAUAGGCAUUCAGAAAGCUGGCGAUGCUAUAAAGGAAUCGAAAACUUUCGCCAAUAUAAUUCCUUAUAAGAAGAAUAUCAAGCUUAGAAUCGAGGCAGAUAAGUUUGAAACAAAUACGCCGAAAAUUCUAGAAGAAUUCAAGAAAGCAAUUAAAAGCUUUCACUUAUCAACAAGUUUAUGA